AUGGCGGAUAUCGACGCCGGCCUCACGCCUUCUCCCUCGCCUCGGCGGCCGGCAUCGUUUUCCCCUUUCUCUUUUUCAGCCGGCGCGCGCUCGGCGGCGCGUCGCCAGGCCCCUGCCGCAGACAUCUCGGCCUUCUUCCGCCCCGAAGAGGCCGACGAUCCCGAAGACCUCGCCGAUGCCUCGAGCCCUACUUCUCCUUCUUCUUCUGCCUCUAUUUCUCCUUCUUCUUCUCCCUCUCCAGCCUUUCCUCCUCCCUCGUCUUCUGCCGCGCCUUCUGCCCCCCCCCUCGCGCAGUCCGUCUCGUCUUCCACUCCCUCGCCGGCGGCCGCUGAGGGUCACGUCUCUCCGCGCGCCUCCGCGGCGCCCUCUGUCGCCUGCGAAGAGCCUGGCGCCGCUGUCUCUGUGUCUGCCUCUGCAUCUACGUCUGUGCGUCUGAAAGAGGCGACGCAUGCGCAGACUUCGCCUGGAGUCCCCGUUGCACCCGAGCCGCUGUCCGCUGACGUCGCCGAGCAGAUCAGACUUCUUUUGGAAGGCUCGCCCGAUGUCGGACCGGCGGCACUCGCAGCCGAGCGGCGGCGGAAGGGACGCGAGGACGCGGAGAUGGCGGAGGCGCGUUUCCGCGCGCGGUGCGACGGCAAGCGAGAAGUCGAGGAGAAGAAGGGCGCUCCCGCGCCGCCCGGCGCAGAGGCCGCCGCACGCCCGUGGAACGCCGCGGAGAUCGUGAACAUGCUUGUCAAACACGACAAGUUUGUCGCGCGCCCCAAGGUCUUUUUCCGUAACGGCGAAUACCUGCAGGAGGAGCCAACCCAAGACGAACUGGUGGCAGACUUGCAGCGCCUCAUGCACGACUCCCCUCACGUUGUUCUCGAGCGCCACGGAGAGUGUUUCGAAGCGCAGCACUUGGCUUUUUUCAAAGAGAACUUCGCCGAGUCGCCGGAAGUCCAGUUUUACAUCAACUCGCUACAGAGCCGCUCCACGCCGGAGCAAAGAGAAAAGCUCGCGGCAAACCGGCGUCUGACGAAGCUGCGGCAGUUGGUCGCGGAAGGGGAUUUUUUCUCAGAGGCUGCGAUGCAGGCGCGACAGCUUGCCUCGAUGGGUGCGCUGUGUGGGGCGUCGCUGCAGCCUGCGCUGUAUCACGAGCUAGUUGGGCGGUUUGCGUGCGCUCCGGAUACUGCGAGCGCGCCGACCUCGUCGUCCGCACGGUCUUCUCGGCUGGAGCUGCCUCUGCGAGGCCCUGAGGCGCUGAAGAAUUCCAGCAGCGCCCGCGGGCAAGGCGGGUCGCGCGGCAAGCCGCUCCAGGGCGCCGAGGAGAGAGAAUGCUUCUUCUCCGCUGCGCCCGGCUCGCUGAGCUCGUGUCUGCUCAGUGCCUUGGACAACCGCGAACUCCGCAGAGCCGCGCGACAGGAGCGCGCGCAGUGGCGACGCCGCGACGAGGCGCUGCUCGCGCAGAUGGGCGGGAAGGUGCUCCAGGAGCAUCGCGAGCAAGCCGAGGCGCGCCGGCUGCGGCAGGCGCAGCGACGCGAGGCGCAGGAUGCUCGCGAGAACCGUCGCGAAGAGAGAGCAAAACAGAAAGUGUGUGCGCUCGUCGAGCAGCUCCAAACGCGGCACAUGGCGAGAGGCCGCGGCAAGGGCCUCGACGACAAAAGACGCGAAAGUGAAAAGCAGCAAGACGCGGAGGAGCCGCGCGCGGAGGGCAUCGACGGCGAGAGCAAACAGGAGGCGACGAGCGAAGAAGAGCACGAGGAAGACAUGAGUGUAGAUCUAGAUAGUGAAGAGGAAACCGACGACGAAGACGAAGACGAUUCGCCAGGAGACUUCAAAGGCCGUCAGGUCGGCGUCGCGCCGGCGGAAGGGAAACGCGCGCGACGAUUUCUCAACUCCGCAAGCUAUACUCAGCGCCGAGAGGACUUUCUGCUCUUGAUGCAAGAAAAAUUCCUCCUCGGGCAUGACGCCUGCUACGUCAACUACGCCGAAAUCGAUCAGGACGAAUCGCUCGAUGACCUCCGAGAGGUGUCGAUCCCCUCGCUGCGCCAUCGGCGGCCCCUCGCAGCGCGUGUGUUUUAA